AUGGCGCUUCUCACUGACUAUGUCAGCGAAACGUUUGGGAAUGUACCAAGUCAAUGGUCCAAUACUGGAAAUCACGAAUACUAUGGCAGAGGACACGGGAUCAAAAAUCAGAACGUUGCAUCAGUCACAAAUAAGACCACUCCAGAGGCGCCCUCACGCUCGCUAGAGGCUCUUCGCAAUGCUGUUUCGGCUGCAACCACUUCCUCCCGCGUUGAGCUGUUGCGUGAGCCUCUUGGCCCGACGGAGGAAGAUGCUGUAGGAUUUGCGCCGGAUUGGCGAGAAUCGCUCCGUCUCAGUCUAACAGAGGAUCCAAGACCCUCAGAGCAAGACAAGACAGAGAGUCCUCUUCUCAGCGAUCCAGCCAUUCUUUUAGCUUCUGAGGUUAUGCCAAUUCACGAUUCGACGUUGCUGGCUCUUGAUAACGCCAUUGUAUCAGCCCAAAUCGCCUCUACCUAG